UCAUCCAACUUAGAACACGUAUUUGUAUAGAUAUGUGCGUGCGCCAAAAGGGGUAAUGAAAAACUAGAGUUCAAGCUAUGUUGCUUCUUAGCAGCACAAGUAGACCAUUUGUUGCUUAACAUACGUGAGUUAUGUGCGGGCACAGCAGCAGCAGCAACACGGCAACAACGCAAGCAACAGGAGCACCGUUGCCCGGCACCUCAACAACACGACUUAAAUAUAAACUAACAACAAUUACCAUUCCGACCGCACCAAAAUGAUGAUGCAAUUCAUAUACCAAUUGCUUGGCCAACUCCUGAUAAUAUGCAUUGCGGCCUUUGAUCUACUGCAACAGCUCUGGCUGCGAUUACACGCCCUAGCCAGCAGGUCAUAUGACUACUGGCAAUGUGAUCAGCGGUCGUUGCUAAGCAGCGCACUGAGCGGGCUGGAGAAAUUACCAAAACAUCUGGUGUUAGUUGUGGGCCCGGAUGAUUGCUAUGUGGAUGUGGCGUUGCUUAAGCGAAUUUUCAGCUACGCUCAAAUCGUUGGCAUACCCUAUUUAAGUGUCUACGACACGCGCACCCAGGGCAACGGCUACGUGGAUCUGUCGCUCUUCUGUCAACUGGACGAAAAGCGCGAAAGGUGCUACCACUGGCCAUCGUCGUCAUCCAAACACGCCAAGGAACAAAAAGUAAUACAGAAUGGCCAUAAGGCUACCCAAAAUGGCACUAGCAACGGCUAUGCCAGCAACGGUACACAUCAGAGGCAAUUACAGGUGUAUCAAAUUAGUAGAGCCGAUUGCCAUGCGCUAAUUGCCGAUGUCUGCCACGAGCUGUACGAGAGCCGAAAAAGCGUCCAGGUGCAAGCGAUGCUGGAGGAGCGCCAAAAGCUAACCAAUGGCAUCAGUGCUAUGCUAAACCAGAGGCUGGGCUUCGUCGUGCCGGAGCCAGAGCUGGGCAUAGUGUUCUCCAGGCAGACGUGCACGUACGGCCUGCUGCCGUGGCAUGUGCGCUUCACCGAGUUCCAUACGCAUCGCAGCGGCAGUUACUUCGAUGCCAAAUCCUUUGCCCAGGUGCUGUACAAGUACGCGCGCUGCGAGCAACGCUGGGGGAAAUAAUGUGUUGCUUCUUAUGUUCUGAAUAAGUUACUAAGUUAUGAUAAAAUUUGAUGUAUACUAGGUUAAGCUAAUUGCCUGCAAAUUGUAAACUU